AGUCUAACGUGAUUAGAAAUCAGCCAAACGCUGGCUUCUCUGGAGCUUUACUCCCCCACAGGCUGAAUUAUAGCUCUCCUACCAGUCCCACGGCGCUGAAUGAUGUCAUGGGAUCUGCAGUUCAGCGAGAUGAAAGGGAUAAAGCAGAACCCGCUGGCACUAGGAAAAGCUUCCAACACACAGUCCACAACACAGCUUGGGAACCAAAAAAGCUACAGAUCCAGCCACUCAGCCCAAGCAAGGGAGAAUUACCAGCAUUGCCUUAUUGCAAAAAAGAGGAGGAAAACAACGUGAUCCAUGUUUAACAAAGACUGUGUGGACUAGGAGGCGGGAGGGUAACUACCUGCUAAAAGUGAACUCUCUUGAUAUCCAUGCAUAUAUAUAAACUCAGCCCUGCCUUUGAUGUUCAGCAACUGAUCACUGAUCAGAUUACAGGCAUUUCAUCUCCCUGCUCGUCUGCCUUUGAUCUGCAUGGUUAAUUUUAUUUUCCUGGAUUUGAAGUUUCGUCUGGGCUUGUGCUGACAUACAUUUUUGGGAAGGUAGAAGCAUUUGGCAUAGAAGUGCUGCCAGGAGAAACUAAGUUGUCGAACGGAACUCUCCAACAAUAAAUACAUUUGAUAAGAACGAUGGCUUUAAAGGUGCUACUAGAACAAGAGAAAACGUUUUUCACUCUUUUAGUAUUACUAGGCUAUUUGUCAUGUAAAGUGACUUGUGAAACAGGAGACUGUAGACAACAAGAAUUCAGGGAUCGGUCUGGAAAUUGUGUUCCCUGCAACCAGUGCGGGCCAGGCAUGGAGUUGUCUAAGGAAUGUGGCUUCGGCUAUGGGGAGGAUGCACAGUGUGUGACGUGCCGGCUGCACAGGUUCAAGGAGGACUGGGGCUUCCAGAAAUGCAAGCCCUGUCUGGACUGUGCACUGGUGAACCGCUUUCAGAAGGCAAAUUGCUCAGCCACCAGUGAUGCCAUCUGCGGGGACUGCUUGCCAGGGUUUUAUAGGAAGACAAAACUUGUCGGCUUUCAAGACAUGGAGUGUGUGCCUUGUGGAGACCCCCCUCCUCCUUACGAACCACACUGUGCCAGCAAGGUCAACCUCGUGAAGAUCGCGUCCACAGCCUCCAGCCCACGGGACACGGCGCUGGCUGCCAUCAUCUGCAGCGCUCUGGCCACCGUCCUGCUGGCCCUGCUCAUCCUCUGCGUCAUCUAUUGUAAGAGACAGUUUAUGGAGAAGAAACCCAGCUGGUCUCUGCGGUCUCAGGACAUUCAGUACAACGGCUCUGAGCUGUCGUGUUUUGACAGACCUCAGCUCCACCAAUGCGCCCACAGAGCCUGCUGCCAGUGCCGCCGUGACUCAGCGCAGACCUGCGGGCCGGUGCACUUGCUCCCAUCCUUGUGCUGUGACAAGGCCUGCAGCCCCGACCGGGCGACGGUUGGUUGUGGGGUGCAUUCUGCGGCCAGUCUUCAGGCGAGAAACGCAGGCCCAGCCGGGGAGAUGGUGCCAACUUUCUUCGGGUCCCUCACGCGGUCCAUCUGUGGCGAGUUUUCAGACGCCUGGCCUCUGAUGCAGAAUCCCAUGGGUGGUGACAACAUCUCUUUUUGUGACUCUUAUCCCGAACUCACUGGAGAAGACAUUCUUUCUCUCAGUCCGGAACAUGAAAGCUCAACGUCUUUGGCUUCAAAUAGCAGUCAAGAUUUGGUUGGUGGGGCUGUUCCAAUCCAAGCUCAUUCUGAAAACUUUGCAGCAGCUGCUGAUUUAUCUAGAUGUAACAACACACUGGCAGAACCAGCAUCAACUCAGGAUGCACCAACUACGAGGAGCCAGCUAGAUCAGGAGAGUGGCGCUGUCAUCCACGCAGCCACUCAGACGUCCCUCCAGGAAGCUUAAAGGACCUGCUUCUUUCUGCGGUAGAAGUGUGUGCUGGAACCCAAAGAGUACUCCUUUGUUAGGCUUAUGGACUGAGCAGUCUGGACCUUACAUGGCUUCUGGGGCAAAAAUAAAUCUGAACCAAACUGACGGCAUUUGAAGCCUUUCAGCCAGUUGCUUCUGAGCCAAACCAGCUGUAAGCUGAAACCUCAAUGAAUAACAAGAAAAGACUCCAGGCCGACUCAUGAUACUCUGCAUCUUUCCUACAUAAGGAGCUUCUCUGCCACAAAAGUGACUUCAAAGAAGGAUGGGUUGAGUUGGCAGCCUAUGAGAUUGUGGACAUAUAACAAGAAACAGAAAUGCCUUCAUGCUUAUUUUCAUGGUGAUUAUGGUUUUACAAGACUGAAGACCCAGAGUAUACUUUUUCUUUCCAGAAAUAAUUUCAUACCGCCUAUGAAAUGUCAGAUAAAUUACCUUAGCUUUUAUGUAGAAUGGGUUCAAAAGUGAGUGUUUCUAUUUGAGAAGGACACUUUUUCAUCAUCUAAACUGAGUCGCGUAGGUGGUUAGAAUGGCCUUCAUAUAGCCUGCCUAAAUCUUGGGUUUAUUAGAUGAAGUCAACUGAAUCAGAGGAGUCAGACAGAGGAGGGCUCUUUCCAGAAUCCACACUUCAGCCUCGGUCUCAUACACACCCACUGGUGCUGAUCUCAGGAGCACACCAGGGCCAGGGAAUGUGGCUGAGAAAGGGCAGCCCAUUGCCCGGAAUUAACACAUAUUGUGGAGACUUAUAUGCAAAGGCUGGCAUAUGUAUAUGAAAAUCAGUUGAUAUAGAAACAUUUGUUGCAUCUGUCCCUCUGCCUGAGCUUAGAAGAUUAUAGAAAAAGGGUAUUUAUAAACAUAAAUGACCUUUUACUUGCAUUGUAUCUUAUACUAAAGGCUUUAGAAAUUACAGCAUAGCAGCUUCCCCUACUACUGCAAUAGUCUUCCAUGAGAACACACCACACGUUAGGACUAAAAGAAAAUGCUCCAUUUGUAGGGGUUUAGAUGAAGCAGCUGUAACUGCCCUAGUGUAGUUUGACCAGGACAUUGUCGUGCUCCUUCCGAUCGUGUAAGAUUAGUUAGCACAUCGUCUCCUACUUCAGCCAUCCGGUGUUGGAUUUAAGAGGAUGGAGUUUCUUUCUAUUAAGGUGCUCUAUCCCCUACCAUCUACACACUAGCAUCGUCUCUAGAGCUAAGACAGAAAUGAACUCCGUUCAGUCACAAAGCAGCAAAUGGUCCAUUUGCUCUUACUCUUUAUGCCCUGGAGAGGACUUACUUGAACAGGGCAUUUUUUUAGACUUUUGAACAUCAGUAUGUUCGAGUGCGCUACAAUAUUUUGGUUUGGAAUUGCCCUGUCCAAGUCACUGUCUUUUAACAUUUAAACUGAAUAUUAAAAUGUGUCUUUCCUAGGACAUUUUUAUCUUCUCAUGUAUUACCCACGGUUUUCUCUCUUUGUGAAAGAUUAGUAACAUUUAAUGAGCCCU